UUCUGAGCAUCAGAACGAGAGAGAGAAGAAGCAGAGACACAGAGAAGCACGAUGGAAGAGUUCAAAUGGAUCAAAAUGUCUUUAUUUCUGAUACCGCUGCUUCACUUUACAGGACAGCUAAAGACAUGAAAGGGGAGAGAGAGGAGGGAAUGACAUGCAUUAAAAGGGCCGCAGGUCAGACUCCAACCCCGGCCUGCUGCGUUGAGGAGUAAGACUCUAUAUAUGGACCCCCGCUCUACCAACUGAGCUAUCCGGGUGCCCGCAAAUAUUUAUCUUAACCAACAAUCUUCACACGCUCAACUUCCUCAGUCUUCUUUUUUUCAGGUGUGAAACACGUCAGUGUCACAAAUACACCCUGGGACUGGACACAGUGUGAACACCAGACUCAACAUGAGAUUAAUACAGUUUGUUUGUUGCAGGGUUAGAUUGGAUCAAUGAAUGCAGAAACAUUUUACUUUCCUCUGAGAGAAAACUACAUUUUAAAAAUGCAAAAGUAAAAAUUGUAAAAAAUUUUAGCAUUAUAGAAGUAUAGUUUGGCAUCUAUAAGGAAUUCAAACAGCCUACGCCUAACCCUGAAAGUCAUCAUGAGGAAGUGACAUCAUCCUAAUUUCAGGAAGUAGGUGCAGCAUCUCUCGACUAAAGCACUAUUUUAGAAACAGUUCUGAGCAUCAGAACGAGAGAGAAGAAGCAGAGACACAGAGAAGCACGAUGGAAGAGUUCAAAUGGAUCAAAAUGUCUUUAUUUCUGAUACCGCUGCUUCACUUUACAGCAGCAGCAAACAGACAGUUUCUGCUCUCCUCCACUGUCAGAGAUGGAGAUGAAGUCACUUUGUCCUGUGAAAAUGUGAGAGAUAAUCAGAAUAACUGUGAUGGUACGACAUGGAAUUUCCGUUAUUUAAGAAGCAUGAUAGUAGAGCUGGUUAGACUUGGUCAGAUUGGUGUAAACGCCAAAGCUAAAUCAGACAGACUGAGUGUUAGAGAGAACUGUUCUCUGGUUAUAAAGAAUGUCACAGAGGAGGAUGUUGGUCGUUACUUCUGUCAGCAGUACAACAAAGCAGGACGAUAUCAAGGUCAAGACUCUCUGGUUCAUCUCUCUGUUGUUACCAUGACUGAAGAGAAGAACGAUGAUAUAGUGACGUUAAACUGCUCUGUGUCGACAUAUGAACGAUGUAAACACACAGUGAAGUGGCUGUAUGAGGGUAAAGACGUGGCUAAAGAUCACCCAAACAUUGAGACAUUACAGAGUGACUGCUACACCACUGUGAAAUGGCAGGAUCCUGUGAAUUCUGUGGAUCCUGGUUUAAUUUACAAACCAAGGUCUAACUUAUUGAAGUGUGAAAUGACAGAUCGUUACACACGAUCUGAAGUGCAGCUGUUUCCCUUCAUCCCUCCUCAUUCCUCAAGAGAGAAACCAGGUAAAGCAAAAUCUGCAACUUCUGAGACAACAAGAACUUCUGAUAAAAGCCCAGAAUCAGUACCAACCACCACAGCAAUCAGUGAUCCUUCAACCAAACUACAAGCUGCUGAUGCAACAAAGACGACUACAAUAUCACCAACAUCAGGGACAAUGAGCACAUCAAAAGGUAAAGAAAAAAACGCAACAACUGAGACAACAGGAACUUCUGAUAAAAGCCCAGAAUCAUUACCAAACACCACAGCAAUCAAUGAUCUUUUAACCAAACUACAAGAGUGGUGGUGGCUGAUCGUUGUGUCUGUGGCUGUUGCAGCUCUCAUAAUCAUCACUGUGGCUGUCCUCAGAUGGAGGAGAGCUAAAGGGAAGAAAACACAGAUGGAUGACCACAUGGCUGAUCCUGAAGGUGGUGUUUCCUACGCCUCCAUCAGCUACACCAAGAAGACCAAGAGCAGAGCCCAGGCUUUGGGUGGAGAUGAUGAUGAUGAUGAUGAUGAUGAAGAUGAUGCAGUGACCUGCAGCACCGUGAAAGCUCCCUCUUCCUCUGCUGCUGCUGCAGCCUCUGGUGAUCUCAGCAACCUCUAAGCCAACUUCAACAAAGCCAAAAAAUAAGAGCACAGGGUAGUAACAGCUCGUAUCAUUACAGUUAUAUUCAGUUACUUGAUAUGGGAGAAAGAUAUGAUAAACAAUUGAUUAGCUCAUUAUAUUCUAUAACUAUGGCCGAGGCCUUUCUCAAUAAGAGCAAGAUCAUGUAUGGUCUAAACCUAAAAAGCUUACAUUUAAAAUGAUAACGUAGAAAUACUGUAUAUUACUGAGAAUUAUGUUGUGCUGUGUAUAUCAUUUAUCUAAAAAGGUUAUGUGCCCAGCUGAGAUAUUUGUAUUUUACCAUUUACUGUUGGAACUUUAUUGAGUAUGUUAAAAACAGAUAUUGAUUCUUCUUUUAGGGCUUUUCCCUUUAUUAUACAGUGAAAGUGCAUAGACAGGAAAAGGGGAGAGAGAUGGGGGGAUGACACACAGCAAAGGACAGCAGGUCAGAUUCGAACCUGCGCCGCUACAGGACUCAGCCUACAUGGGGCGAACGCUCUUACUGGGUGAGCUGGAGGCCGCCCCUUAUAUCAAUUCUUCUUUUGUUCACUUGAUUUUGUAAAUAUGGAUGAUGCAGAAAUUUUGAGCUGGCUAUUUGCAUAUGAGGAUUUUAGCUUAAGUAUACUUGGAAAGAUUUUUUUAAUCAGUGUAAUCAUAAUCUGCAGCAAUGUAGCCGUUUGUGUCAGUGUACAGUUCAUAUUCAAUGCAAUUCAAUUAUAUUUAUAGUGUCAAAUUACAACAGAAGUUAUUUCAGGACACUUUACAGAUAAAGUAGGUCUAGUCCACAUUUUAUAAUUUACAAAGACCCAACAAUUCCCCAAAAGAUACUUUUGGACAAACCCAGGCUCUUGGUGGGCAGCUAUCUGCUGCUGCUGGUUGGGACACAGAGACACUGAUACAGAUAGACAGAAAUGUGAUUCAUAAUAACCUUAGCAGUUGGUAUGAUGCGCCGUGGCAUUUAUAGUAACAGAUUAAAUGGAUUGUUUCAAAUAUGUUUUUAAAGCUAUAUAAGAAUAUAGAAGUACUUUUUAACGUGAUCAUUUUUGCUUGUUCUUUUGCGGUUUCUUUUGUAAAAGUAUAAAGAUGUAGGCUGUGUUGUAUUAAAGCAGUGUCUUGUAAUCUUAUGUGGCAUGGACCAGAUGUUGCAUGAUACAGAAAUAAAAAAUAAAAUAAACUCCAUCUAUAA